CUGACUGUAAACACAGGAAAUGUUUCAUCUCUCUGCGAUAUUCAUGUCAUAUACGUUAUUCACCCUGGAUUAACGCUGGAGGAGGCCGUUGCUUUACUUGAACUGUACUUAGUUAUUAUGAUUAUAUCCUUCUCCUGGGCAUUGUAUUUCUUGUUUGUUUCCAAGCCGGUGAUGGGGAAAAUUUACUAAGCCAACGCUUCCUGAUCUGUGCCAUUUGGCAAAAUGGAUUUCUCGAAGUUCCUGGCGGAUGACUUCGACGUCAAGGACUGGGUGAAUGGAGCCUUCAAAGUGGCCCAGAAGGAUGCCCCGGGGAAGGCAGACGCACACGCCGCCACACUGGUGAUGAAGUUACAACUCUUCAUCCAAGAAGUGAACAACUCUAUCGAAGAAAGUAGCAUCCAGGCGGUACAAAACAUGCCGCGUGUGUUGCGGGAUGUGGAGGCUCUGAAGCAGGAAGCUUCGUUUCUGAAGGAGCAGAUGGUCUUGGUGAAAGAAGACAUCCGCAAGUUCGAACAAGAUACUGUUCAGUCCAUGCAGGUUCUGGUGGAGAUUGACCAGGUGAAGUCUCGAAUUCAGCUAGCAGCGGAGGCAUUGCAGGAAGCCGACAAGUGGAGCACGCUCAGUGCCGACAUCGAAGAGACAUUCAAAACUCAGGAUGUUGCUCUGAUCUCUGACAAGCUGGCGGCGAUGCAGGGCAGCCUGGCAAUGCUGGUGGACACGCCAGACUACAGUGACAAGUGUGUGCAGCUGGAGGCCCUGAAGAACCGGCUGGAGGCCCUCGCCAGCCCACAGAUCGUCGCCACCUUCAACUCCUUAUCCAUUGACCAAGCCAAGCUGUUUGUAAAAGUCUUCAGUGAGAUGGACAGGAUGCCACAGCUUCUGGCCUACUACUACAAGUGCCAUAAGGUUCAGUUGCUGUCGAUGUGGGAGAAUAUUUGCCAGAGUGAAGGGUCUCUGAAACAGCAGCUGUCAGAGUUCUACGAUACACUGCUGUCUGCAUGGCACUCCCAGCUACAGUGGAGCAGCCAGGUGUUCCGGAACCCGUAUGAGGUGGUGACGGUGCUGAUGAUCCAGACCCUGAGCGCCAUGGCGCCCUCCAUCCCAGAGUGCAUUGCGGUGGAGCUGAAGAGUUGCCCUGGCGAGGGUCGCCUGGAUACGCUGCUGGAGCUCCACCAGACCGCCGCCAACUUCAGCCGCACCCUGGAGACAGCCAUGCAGCCACACCUGGCGGAGUGUAACCUGUUGAAGGUGGGUGAGUUGGUGUCGUGCGUCUACGCCCCGUAUGAGGAGUACCAGCUGCAGUACGGAGAGCUGGAGGAGACAAACCUUCUUAUACAGCUUAGUGCUGUACCACUGGAGCGAGGUGAGGUUCUGGACUGUGUUCUGGAGCUGACCCACUCGGUCCAGAAGGUGUACGGCCUGGCUGCCGCGGCCGCCGACCGCUGCGUGAAGUUCACCGACGGCCUGGGUGUGUGUGGACUCAUCCGGGCCCUGAGAGCACUCUUCAGCAAGUAUGUGUCUGAUUUCUCGGUGACGCUGCAGUCCAUCCGGAGUAAGUACAGGCUGGAGGACACCCCGGCCUCAGAGGUCUUCACGGAGGACUGGACGGCCUUCCAGAACUCUGUCAGAAUAAUCGCCACGUGUGGAGAACUGCUGAGACAGUGCGGAGCCUUCGAGCAGCAACUCUCUAAUAAGAUCCUGGGUCAGGCGGGCCGCUUCCUGUGGGAGGGCUACAGCCCGCGCAGCCUGACUGGUCUGCAGCAGGAGGGCGGGGCCGAGAGGCGGGGCCUCAAGAACCCCUGGCAGGAGUACAACUACCUGCAGCAGCGCAACAUGGCCGACUACAACACCCUGCUGGAGACACUCUACUCCCUCAAGGAGAAAGGCACGGGUAACUCCAGCCUGCUGUCUGAGACCAGAGCGUCCCUCACGCGCCUCAACCAGCAGGCCAAUCAGCUGGCCUUCGACUCCGUCUUCAUGCAGAUCAAACAACAGCUCAGCAUUGCCAACAAACCAGAGGGGAGAGGUACCAGCACUUUGGGUGAAUCUCUAUCUGAGGACCUGCCCACGUUUAGCCUGUCUCCACAGGAAUACAUCACCAAUAUUGGCCAGUACCUCAUGUCUCUGCCACUGCACCUUGAGCCGUUUGUGACCCAAGAGGACCCAGCGCUGGAGCUGGCUCUGCACACCGGGAAACUCCCUUAUCCCCCGGAGCAGGGUGACGAUGUCCCCGAGCUGGAGAACACAGCUGACUACUGGCUAGGCUCCAUCGCCCGGGCAACCAUGCAGACCUAUUGUGAUGUCAUCCUGCAGAUUCCGGAGCUCACUCCCCACGCCACCAAACAGCUGGCCACUGAUAUUGAUUAUCUGAGUAACGUGAUGGACGCGCUCGGCCUGCAGACGUCCAGAAGCCUCCAGAACAUCGUGAGCCUUCUGCGCGCCAAGCCCGAAGAGUUCCGCCAGACGGCCAAGCCCCUCCCCCGCCGCCUCACCGCCACCGUCGCCGCCAUGAGGGGAAUCGAGUGAUAGUGAGAGAGAAGGAGAGAAGGAAAGAGAGAGGGAGAGAGGAGAGGAAGUGAGUAAACAGAGGGAUAGAUACGGAGGUGUUGGUGCCAAGCCUGCCAACAGGGGGGGACAAAGAGGUCAGUUGUCUCUGGCCCAGAGAGAAGGGGGUCCCAGAAUAGACUGUCUCAUGUACAUUGUAUAUAUUUCAGAAGGGUGGGGGGGUGAUUUUCAGAUGAAUUUUGUCCUGGGCUUUGGCCAAGGCUGUCAGUGGCCCUGCUUAGGGCUACUGGCACACACUCAGAGACCAGAGAGAUGUCCUUCUUUCUCUCUCUCUCUCUCUCUCUCUCUCUCUCUCUCUCUCUCUCUGUCUCUCUCUCUCUAUUCCUCUCUCCCUCUCUCCCUCUCUGUCUCUCUCUCUCUAUUCCUAUGUCUCUCUCUCUAUAUAUAUAUAUAUUUCUCUCUCUCUCUCUCUCUCUCUCUCUCUCUCUCUCUCUCUCUCUCUCUCUCUCUCUCUCUAUUUCUCUCUUUUCCUAUCUCUCUCUCUCUCUCUAUUCUCCCUCUCUCUCUCUCUGGCCCUGUCAUUCCAAGGCAUGUCCCUGUGGUCCCACCUGGUGAGCACCACACUACACUACACUACACUACAGGAGCUCUCCAAGAGCUGCCCAGGCUUCUGUCUCUCACACACCUGCGGGGGCUCUCCAGCCAGUGAUAAUCAUGUCUAAUUAGAUGAACCUUCAAGUUACUUUGUCAAAACCUUUUUAUUAUUAUUAUCAUUAUUGUUAUGAAUGCACUCGAGAACUCUGACACAUUCUGUGGGGGAAAAGGGAUUUAAACCUUCUUCUUAUGCUUACUGUAUAUGUUUUAAAAAAAGAAAAAUAAAUUUGUUUCCCCUGUGUAUACUUGA